CGGCCUAUUUAAUUCUUCUCGUUGACGAAAGCCAGCCAACAUAGCAGCUCUCCAUCUUUACAGGGGCCUACUGUGGGGAAGUUUGGCAUGCCUUGUUUGGCAAUUUUCUUUUUACUUUCAAUUUUCUCGCCUUUCCUUUGUACUGUAUUUUCGUUUAGCAUGAUCUUGCAAAUCGUAUAUUGCGCUCGUGUGGAGGCUGUUAUGAACAAAAUUACACACAAACCAAAGCACCUCGACUGGAUCUGGUUGUGGGAUAUUCGUGAUGUGGUAUAUCAGAACGCCCAAGGUACUAUUUACUUGCUUAUUUAUUGUUUUGUAUCUCUUUUUUUUUUCAAGCUUAGUAGAAAGUUUGAUACAGUAUGUUGGGAUUAUUGUUCGGUAUACCCGAAUUGGUGUGUACUUGUAUUUGUCUAGUCUUUUCUUGUUUUUUUUUUUCUUGUGCUGGGCAGCAUUUUGGCAGGGCAAAUUGAGCGGAGUCUAUGAGGUGACAAAGAUGCGCAUAUAAGGGAUGGGGGUGGAGGUGAAGAAGAGAGAGCUGUGAUUUGUUUUUACUUUUUUUUCAUCGUUUGAAAGGGGCAGAAAGAAGAAUAAAUAUGAGGAGUAUUUUCGCGCGCAAGAUGAAUUCUUUAGUUUCCGUAUUGAGUGAUAAUUACUUGUAAUAUGAUCGUUUCUGGCUUAUUACUACCAGGCGUAUAGAUAAGGCUGUAUUCUUUAAAUUUAUUAUUCACGGCUGAAAUGUAUCGGAUAGAGAUGCCGCGGACUCAUUCUCGGGUGAAACUGUGCCCAAUUCUAAUGCAUGUCUGGUAUCAUCCACAGACAGAUUUCUUUUGGCAUUGUAUGUAAGUAGAUGGCAAUUGCAUUCGACGGAUAAUUGAUGCCGAGUCUCUGUUUCACCACGUCUGUGUACUGAGAACGAACGGCAAGAGAGCCGCAUUCCUUGGCCCUGCGCUUCGUUUCACAGAGGUUUGUCUGACGGGUGCUUGAGGACAGACUACGUCACUUGAUGUUGCCUUGCACUCGAUAAAAGAAAAUCCAGGGGCCUCUGGGAGCACACGAACUUUACGGGAAUUUGCUAUAGAUUGCAAAAAAAAUGAUGAAUGCUACAUCCGAAGUAAAAAAAAGUCCGGGCAGAAAUUCACCGAGAAGUGCGAAAUACGCGUUUUGACACGAAUUGACACCAAAAACGUCAUACACGUGGUAGUGUGGCUGAUGCUCCUUGUUUUUCUAUGGCGUGUAUUGUGGCGAAGCUACGGUGGGGCGGAUGAGGCUUAGCUGCUGGAAGAAGCUUUCCCGUUUUGGGAACGAGGCUCGCAUGGGAUUUCCUGCUUUGGGACGGGAGGGAUUCGAGUGUUUGUUUCUUUCUUUUGUUUUAGAUGGGCAAUUUUACGCGGUUGGGAAGUAUGUUUGGCGUUUUAUUUCAAUCUUUGUUUUUGGCAAUUGAUGGAUGGACGAUGACAGCCUUUCUUUGUUGAAUGAAAUCUGCCGAAUAAUUGAUUCGUACACGUAUAAAAUACGCGGAGUGAAAACAAAGAGAAGGGGGAAGCGGUAGACGACCCUUGGAGACGCGCGUGGGGUUCCUGUUUUCUUGAUAAAGCUUGGAUCGUUUCCUUGGAGUUGUGGGGAUGGGCUGAGCUGAAGCUGGCACUAACAAACUACGCAGGACGGACGGCAGAUAACUUGUGUAUGCCGAUUUGUGGAAUGCAAGUGCCGUUGGAAGGUUGUAGUCGCUUCGGGAGUUUUUAUUUUGGGUGAGAGUGUGACUGCGGGUGAGAAGGAGGCGAUCCUUCUGGGCCGUGGUUUGCAGGCCUUGUUUGUCUCAUCCCGGCCGAUGUGUCUCGGGAAUCGGGCUGCUGUCCAAGGGGGGGGGGGGACGAUUCGCUUUUCUCGAUUAGAUAUUAAUGGUUGCUUCUCACAUCUGCGUUCAAUGUGUGAUUGUACGCUGUCGUUGUAACACAAAAUGAUGACGACGCUGGAUGACCAGCACUGAAAAAACUUGAAUGUACAUUCUGUGCUACCAAUGACUGAAUCGAAUGGCGGUGGACAGAGCCGGCUGUUUCGUCCACGGCGCAUUUCUUGCACGCCGAUUACAGCGCCAAGACGCCAACGUGUUGUUGCGCCCACUGCGAAUGCCUGCUGGUGCUGGUCGCUAGCGCAUAAACAGCGGAGCCUUGGCUACGCUGCGAUGAUGUAGCCCUAGGGGAGGAGGGCGGCUGGUGAUUGGGCGCUGUUCCAAGCCCGACCUUGGUUGCGUCUCUCCACUAAGCUUAAAGGUUAUGGAGCUGAAGGUGAACCCUGGAAUCAAUAGGGAGUUGGGGCUACGAGAUGCUGCGUGUAGUGGUUUACUGGUAUUAC